ACUACAAUAACACUUUGCAGAAAACUCGAUUCAUCGAAACAACAGAAUCUUCUUUCGAUAUAGAAGUGACUGUGCUAUGGGAUCUUUGCUGGCGGAUUUUUUUCAACUUAGCCAUUAGAUAAGCCAAUCAGGAAAACGAGAUUUUCUCGCCGUAAAUUGCUACUUAGUGAAUAUGUACGUGUGCCAGUGUCGUCUAAAUUCUAUUAGCCACUAUCGCAAAUGACUCACAUGACACGAUUUCGACUAUUUCACCGGGUUAGAGAGAGCUGAACAAACAUGAUGGCUUCGAGAAGGAGAUCGUACACUUUUACAACAUCACCAAAUAUAUUUCGGAAACGAAGUUCGUCAAAUCCUAUUAAUUUUCGAGUGGUGGUUCUUGGCACACCGGCUGUUGGCAAAACAGCUCUUAUGGUGAGAUAUACAACAAGACGAUUUAUAGGAGAAUACGAUCCAACGUUAGAAACUCUAUGUCAUUACAGCACAACAAUUGACGGCGAAGCAGUAACCAUGGAGAUAUUAGACACUGCUGGUCAUGCGCAGAAUUCUCGUGGACGACUAAACUCGUAUUCUUACUGGGGCGAUGCUUUUCUAUUUGUUUACUCAAUCACCGAUCCGCUAAGUUUUGCUGAAAUCCUAAACAUUCGGCAGGUUGUGAGUCAAACAAUUGGGUCAGAUCAUGUGCCCGGUGUACUUGUGGGUAAUAAGGUUGAUCUUGAGGAUAAUGAGAGGACUAUUAGUGAGGCUGAAGGUAGAAUUCUUGCAUCGCAAAUGCAAGUUCCAUUCUUUGAAAUAUCAGCCAAAGAUGGAAGAGAAAUACAAACUGUAACUGAGGUGUAUCAAAAUCUGUACCGUGAUUGGCGCAAGAAACAACUCAAUUUGGACGGCUCCAGGAAGACGAAAAUUACGUCACAAUGGAAGAAAGCAAUCAACAAACUGAUACGAUCAAACAGAUACUCGGUGUGAUUACUUUUGUAAAAUAUUAAACUGAAAUAUAUGUUAUUUACAAUUUAUGUAUUUAAAAUUGAGAAGCUGAUAAGACAUUCUAGUAAAGGUCUAUGCGAGGGUUCAUGCCCCUUGCUACAGAAUUAAAGUAGGCCUACUGGAUUUUUAAAUUACCGCAAGCUUUUACAAUUCCCACUUACGGCAUUGUUAAUGGCUGAGUGAUAAAACGUGGUGAAUAUCUUGAUAUUCAUACAUUUUGCGAAGUAAUGUGCUACUUCUAGACCGACAUACACCUUUAGCGAUGUCUUCGAAGAUAAUUUCAACUGGUAAUGCACCUUUUAUUUGCGAGAGUUAUAUUUUAUGGUCGGUAUACAUGUUGACUUUAGACUUUGUGUCUUUGCAUCAAAUCUCUGUGCUGAUAUACUGUAACAAUUCGAAGAUUGAAACUUUUCAUACCUAUGCCCAUCAUAUUUUAGCAGAAUUACCGGUAAAAUUGGUAAACUAUAAAAUUAUACUGUGAUCCG